GUCGGCUCAACAGGAAAUGCGUCAAAGACCGCGCCGCGCAGCCGCCGUCUGGGCCUGGUCGCCAAGGUAACGCGCUCCAGGCAGGAUGAGCGUCCGGAUGGCGCGGGCCGCGCGGGCGGCGUGGACCGGCUGCUGGGGCGCCGGCUCCCGCCGUGGCGCCUCGAGUUCCCCGCUGCCGCCGCUGGGCACCGUGGCCGUGGCGGAGCUGCUGCAAGAUGCCAUGGCGGCGGAGGCAGGGCCUCUGGAGGCGGCGGCGAGGCGGCCCCCGGGCCAGUGCUCCGUGUUGCUCUUCCCCGGCCAGGGCAGCCAGGUGGUGGGCAUGGGCCGCGGGCUGCUCGGCUUCCCGCGCGUGCGCGAGCUCUACGCCGCCGCGCGCCGCGUGCUGGGCUACGACCUGCUGGAGCUGAGCCUGCACGGGCCGCAGGAGGACCUGGACCGCACCGUGCACUGCCAGCCCGCCGUCUUCGUGGCCUCCCUGGCCGCCGUGGAGAAGCUUCAUCACCUGCACCCCGAGGUCAUUGAAAACUGUGUUGCUGCUGCUGGAUUCAGCGUGGGAGAGUUUGCAGCCCUUGUGUUCUCUGGAGCCAUGGAGUUUUCUGAAGGUUUGUAUGCGGUCAAAGUCCGAGCAGAGGCCAUGCAGGAAGCCUCAGAAGCCGUUCCCAGCGGGAUGUUGUCUGUCCUCGGCCAGGCUCAGACCAAGUUCUCCCUUGCCUGCCAGGAAGCCCAGGAGCACUGCAAGUCCCUAGGCAUUAAGAAUCCUGUGUGCCAGGUGUCCACCUACCUCUUUGCUGACUGCCGAGUGAUCUCAGGACACCUGCAGGCUCUGCAGUUUCUUCAGAAGAAUUCUUCUAAGUACCACUUCAGACGUGCCAAGGUGCUCCCAGUCAGUGGGGCCUUCCACACGCGCCUCAUGGAGCCAGCCAUGGAGCCCUUGGCACAAGUCCUAAAGACCAUUACUUUGAGGAAGCCUCUGGUGUCCGUGUACUCCAACGUCAGUGGGAAUAAAUACUCAGAUCCCCGUCAUAUCCGGAAGCUGCUGGUGCGGCAGCUGGUCUCCCCAGUUAAGUGGGAGCAGACCAUGCACACCAUCUAUGAGAGGAAAAAAGGCACCGAGUUCCCCAGGACCUUUGAAGUAGGGCCUGGGAAGCAGCUGGGAGCCAUCCUCAAGAGCUGCAACCUGCAGGCCUGGAAGUCCUACGGUCAUGUGGAUGUGCUGGAGGCUGAGGAGGACCAGGAGCAGGCCCAGUAGCAGAGUCUCUGUGACCCCAGCGGGGACUUGCCCCCAGCCUGGCUCCCACCUCUCCCCACACACAGUGGGAGCUGUAGGUUCUGCCAGCCCUCCUUGCCCCAGUGACCGGGUAUGAAUUGCUUGCCAAGCUCUGUGAAGACCGCUUUCAUGAAAAGCACUAAAAACUAAGUAUUUCUUUA